CUUCAUUCGCAGUUUCAUUCUACACUGACAACAGCAGCAUCGCUCGGUUCCCACGGACUCAUCACAUAAGCUUACACUACUACACUCCUCAGCUGCUACCACCAACUGCCCACUGACUGAAGUCUCUCUGCAACCAUGGCUACUCCUAUGGAAAUUGCCUCGGUCGAUGCGACCACCAUCGAUGAGAGUCUAUAUUCUCGCCAACUCUACGUCUUGGGACAUGCUGCCAUGGCGAGGAUGAGCGCGUCUAAUGUGCUCAUUAUUGGCCUUAAGGGACUAGGAGUCGAAAUCGCCAAGAACGUUAUUCUGGCCGGUGUCAAGUCUGUCACUCUAUAUGACCCCAACCCCGUACAAGUCGCCGACAUGUCGUCUCAGUUCUUCCUAUACCAGGAGGAUCUCGGCAAACCAAGAGCGGACGUUACAUCUCAUCGUCUCGCUGAGCUCAAUGCCUACGUCCCGGUCUCAGUUCUUCAUGGAGAGCUGACUCCGGAGCAGCUGUCCCACUACCAAGUUGUCGUUUGCACGGAAACGCCAUUAGCGAAACAGUUGUCUAUCAAUGAAGUGACGCAUAAGCUUGGAACAGCCUUCAUUUCCGCAGAUGUCCGCGGUCUAUUCGGUUAUGCCUUCGCUGACUUUGGCCCGGAGUUCACCGUCAUCGACACGACUGGAGAAGAGGCCGUCACUGGGAUUGUUGCCAACGUCUCUCACGAUAAGGAAGGCGUCGUGGCGUGCUUAGAAGAAACCAGGCACGGACUCGAAGAUGGAGACUACGUCACCUUUACCGAGGUUGUUGGAAUGCCCGAACUGAACGGAAUAAAGCCGAGGAAAGUUGAGGUCACAGGCCCGUACACAUUCAAGAUCGGAGACACAUCCGCCUUUGGGGCAUACAAGUCUGGGGGCAUCUUCACACAAGUUAAAAUGCCAAAAACCCUCAAGUUCAAGAGUCUGAAGGAGUCAUUAGCGAAUCCCGAUCACGUCAUCUCCGACUUUGCAAAGUUCGACCGGCCCGCCCAACUGCAUCUUGCCUUCCAAGCGCUUGACGCGUUUGCGACGAAGCACAACGGGGAGCUGCCCCGUCCCAGGAACGAACAGGAUGCGGCUGAGGUCCUUGCGAUUGUGAAGGAGCUGAAUGAGAAGGCGACCGACAAGGCUGAGAUCAACGACGACCUGAUCAAGGAGGUCUCUUUCCAGGCUCGCGGUGACCUGGCGCCCAUGGGUGCUGUUAUCGGUGGAUUGGUCGCGCAAGAAGUGCUCAAAGCUUGCAGUGGAAAGUUCCAUCCCAUCUACCAAUACUUCUACUUCGACUCCCUCGAAUCGCUGCCCAAAGGCCUGAAACUGACGGAAGAGAACACUAAAGCCCGCGGCUCGCGUUACGACGGACAGAUCGCGGUCUUUGGCACAGAUUUCCAGCAAGUUAUCGCCGACACGCGGGAGUUCGUCGUCGGCGCGGGUGCCAUCGGCUGCGAGAUGCUAAAGAACUGGGCCAUGAUGGGUCUCGGGACCGGCCCCAAGGGACAGAUUUUCGUCACGGACAUGGACUCGAUCGAGAAGUCGAAUCUGAACCGUCAAUUUCUCUUCCGUCCGGGAGAUGUUAGCAAAUUGAAGUCGGAAUGCGCCGCGGCCGCGGUGGAACGCAUGAACCCUGAUGUGCACGGAAAGAUCACCUCCUUCCAGGAGCGGGUGGGGACUGAGACGGAAAACAUUUUUGACGACAAAUUUUGGGAGGGGUUGACGGGAGUCACGAAUGCUUUGGACAAUGUUGAGGCGAGGAAGUAUGUCGAUCGCCGAUGUGUUUACUUUGCCAAGCCGUUGUUGGAGUCGGGCACGCUUGGAACGAAGGGCAACACACAGGUCGUCAUCCCGUACCUCACAGAGUCCUACUCUUCAUCACAAGAUCCUCCGGAAAAGUCCAUCCCCAUUUGCACUCUGAAGAACUUCCCCAACGCCAUCGAGCACACGAUCCAAUGGGCCCGUGACCUCUUCGAAGGCCUGUUCAGACAGCCAGCCGAAAACGUAAACCUCUACCUCAGCCAGCCCAACUACAUCGAACAACUGAUGAGCCAAGGCGGGAACCAGAAAGAGGGCAUCGAAAGCAUCGUCAACUUCCUUGUGACGGAGAAGCCCACCCUGUUCGAGGAAUGCGUUGCUUGGGCUCGGUUCAAGUUUGAGGAGCUGUAUUCGAAUCAGAUCAAGCAGUUACUGUUCAAUUUCCCGAAGGAUGCUGUUACAUCUACAGGAACGCCGUUCUGGUCGGGACCGAAAAGGGCGCCCGAUGCUGUUACUUUUGAUCCCGAGAACUCCCUCCACCUUGACUUUAUCAUCACGGGCGCCAACCUGCAUGCGUUCAACUACGGCAUCAGGGGCCGCACGGACGAGGAAUACUUCAAACAAGUUCUGAAAACGAUCGACGUGCCGGAGUUUGUCCCCAAGGCGGGAGUCAAAAUCCAGGUUCAGGAAAACGAGGCGGCUCAGGCUGGGCAUGCUGACGAAGACGAACUCGACACUCUGGUCAAGUCCCUCCCCCCACCCUCCCACCUCGCCGGCCUGCGCCUCAAGCCGGUCGAAUUCGAGAAGGACGACGACAGCAACUUCCACAUCGAUUUCAUCACUGCCGCGUCAAACCUGCGUGCCACCAACUACGCCAUCACGCUUGCGGACCGGCACCGGACCAAGUUUAUUGCGGGCAAGAUUAUUCCGGCGAUUGCGACUACGACUGCUUUGGUUACUGGGUUGGUUUGUUUGGAGCUGUACAAGAUUUUGGGAGGCGCCGACAAGAUCGAGGACUUCAAAAACGGGUUUAUCAACCUGGCCUUACCCUUCUUCGGAUUCUCGGAGCCCAUCGCCGCGCAGAAGUUGAAGUACCACGAAACAGAAUUCAGCCUCUGGGACCGCUUCGAAGUACAAGGCGACGUGACCCUCAAGCAGCUAAUCGACCACUUCAAGGAGAAGUACGAGUUGGAGAUCACGAUGCUGUCGUGCGAGGCGACUAUGCUGUAUUCGUUCUUUAUGGCGAAGAAGAAGUUGGAGGAGCGGUUGACGUUUCCGAUUUCGAAAAUCAUCGAAACGAUCCAAAAGAAGCCCAUCCCCCCGCACGUCCGGGCCCUGGUGCUCAUUGCGUGCGUGAACGAUCGCGAGGGGGAGGAUGUCGAGGUGCCGUAUAUUCGGGUUGUUAUUCGGCCGUAGAUUGUGUAGAUUCCUUGGGAAGAUCACAGGCUAUGCUGGCUUGCGGUGAUGUGAGACUCGCGUCCUGUAACGGAGUACGGCGCGGAGUACAGUACGGCGCUGUCUCUGGUUCUCUUCCGUACUUUAUGUAGCUAUAGCCCCCCCUUCUUCGUUGUGCUAGGGCUUUACCCUUCCUUUUUUUGUUGUUUCUACUCCCUUUUACGGUUUUUGUAACUGGUUGUACGCCUUUACCCUUUUGCAAAGAUUUGACGUAUGUAGAUUGCUCCUGUUCCUGCUGCGUUUUUAAUGCCAUCGAUCUCUCUACCGUGCACUUCA